UCACAGAGCGACUGCUCGUCUCCGAGUCAACACCGUUUCGUGCCGAGCUCCCCCAUUUUUUCCCGCAGCUGUGUGUAAAACUCGCCACUACUACUACCCCUCAGCAGCAGACAAAGACAACAUUGCCAUUCUAAGCCACACGGGCUCUGCUGUUAAAAGACUUUCUUUGUUUGUGUGUGGUGGUGGCCCAUCUUCUUCUUUCACCAGUGCAGCAGUGCUGCAGCUCAACUCGAUCAAAGUUCUCCCAGCCAAAAAGACGAAAAACAAAUAUCAGACAACGGAAUUUCUUUUUUUCUUUCUUCUGGGCAGUGAACGAACGACGCUGGCUGGAUCUAUCCCGAAAAACCAAUUUCUGCGCAAUAAGUUGGCGGAUGUUGGAAUGCGGUUGGGUGAAACGAGGAAUUUCUUGAUCAGCGACCACCACCACCGGGAUCGAUAACAAAACGCGCAAUGGACGUCCAGCGCAAUGCUAAAAAAUUCAAAUUGCAAGAGGAUCAUCAGCAGCAUCGACAGCAUUUGCCGGACAAGCAGAUCAAACCGCCACCACCUCUUCCGGCCGAUCCAUGUCCGCUCCUCCGCCCAUUCUGUCACCAGGUCGGAGGCCACACCCAGUUCCUGCAGCUGGAUCAAUCCACCGUCUGCAAGCCUUUGAUCCCGCGGGAGCUGAGUUUCUACCUGAACGCACCAGCCGACAUUCGUAUCUUCACGCCCCAGUGCAAAGGUGUGAUCCAGACGUGGCAUCAAGAAGGCCGCCAAUACUGGAGGCGAUUCGCCAUGGAUGAGAUCAGCGUCACGGCCGAACAUUCGGAAAUUUCAUCGCACCACAACAGCCGACACGACGCCCCGUUGAGGAUAUCCCUGGCCGGUCAUGAAGCCAUUUCCUAUCAUCCGGCCCACACCUACACUGAUGGAUCGUCUCAAUUUUUCAUGAUGCUGGAAAAUGUGGCGUCCGCUUUCAAAUUCGAACGCCCAUGCGUGCUGGACUUGAAGAUGGGCACCCGGCAGCACGGCGACGACGCCUCCGCCGAGAAACGCACCCGGCAGAUGGCCAAGUGCGCAGCCAGCACAUCCGCCUCGCUCGGACUCCGUCUCUGUGGCAUGAAGGUGUACGAGGCGACGUCGGACAAGUUCGUCAGUCGGGACAAAUAUUUUGGCCGUCGCUUGGACGCUGAUGGACUUCGCAGGGCGCUGGUCCAGUUCUUCGCCAGUGGCGGAGCCCGACGCGAUGGAAUCAUCGAGGCCAUUCUCGAACGGUUGAGGCUCCUCCGCAAGGCCGUCGAACAACAGGAGACGUUCCGCUUCUAUUCUAGUUCCCUGUUGAUCGUCUACGAAGGUUGCGACGAAAGUAGCGAAUAUUUCUCCAGCCCGGAUUUCCAUUUUCUCAGUCCUGGGGUUGUUGUUGGCGGUGGUGGUGCCGGCCGGCGAUCCAACUCGGAUUGCGAACUGGAAAGAAUUUGCGACGUCGAUGAUUACCAACACCGGAAGCUCGUCACGGCUGCUGCUCAUCAAAGUGCUGCUGGUUACAAGCCGACCAGGUCCAGCUCGGAUGCCCAGAUACCCAGACUGAAACAUGUGGCUGUCCCUCAUCGACUCCAGCCAAGGAAUCAACUGGAUUUCGACUCGCUGUCCAUCACAGACACAUCCAGCGACUGCUACUUGACGGACAGCUGUGACGCCCAGUCUUUCAGCACGAGCCCAGCCCAGUCGGUGGACAGCGGACUGGAAUGUUUCAUGAUGGAUCAAAACUCUUCGUCGUCCAGCAGCACCAACGAACAUUGCAGCUGGACGAGUAUCAGUGGAUACCAAACCGGACUCCGUCUCAAGAAACUUUUGAGGCAGUCGGGAAGUGCGACGGGCUACGAAUGUGACAAUUCAACCGACAGCACGGACAGCGGCGUUUUCUCAUCAUCAGCCGCUGCUGUCAAUCAGCUGGGCAGCAGCAUCAAAAAGACGGCCAUGAUGAAACGGACGGCCGCCAUGUACAUGGACAGCGAGGAAGACAGCGAAAGUGACAUGGAACAGCAAAGGCUCUGCCGGCCGCUGGAGUUGGAACGCAACGCCCAGUACGGAAUGAUGAGUCCAGCCGGCGAAGAUGAGGGCGAAUUGACGCCCGUCUUGGAAGUCAGCCGGACUGAAGAGUUUACGGAAGAAGCCGGCGGAAGCCAAACGCAGAAGAAACGGCGAGUGAUGGAUGAGGACAAAGAACAAGUGCUGCUGGAUGCUGCUGCCAGCAGCAAGCCGGACAACAACUGCUGGUCGGACUGCGUCGAUGUCCGCAUGAUCGAUUUCGCCCACACAACUUUCUCCGGUUACCUGGGACUGGACGAACGGGUCCACUGGGGACCCGACAACGGAUACCUUUUCGGUCUGGAAACUUUGACGGGUAUUUUGAGUGAAUUGCGGGGUGAUAAGAUCACCUUACCACCACCUCAGCGCUGUUGAGGAAAACUGGGACAAUGAACUUUUUCAGACAGUUGCUUCGAUUCAUUAAUGGCUAUCUAUAGUUUAAUCAUUUUAUUUUUUGAAAGAAAAUUGGAUAAACUUAAACAAAAAAAAAAAAAAAUAUCCCAAAAGCCCGUUUGUGUUGGCCGGAAUGAAAUGCCAAAUGUCAUUGAUGACAUUUGAGUAUUUGAUUUUUGACGACUUUUGAUAUAGGAUAGAUCUCUUCUAAGACGCCUGAGAGUUUGUCACUGUUUUCAUUGUUUCCACAAUUGAUGUCGUUAUGCAGAGCUCUGAAGAAAGCCAAUGAUAUUGAUUUCAAACAAAAGAUUAUUUUAAUUUUUGUUCAAAUCCUGUGCCUCCGUUACGAUUUAAUGACGAUGGUGAAUAAAAUAACAUGCAUUGACAAAUUUUAACUAAAUUAAACCCCCAAAGGAGAGAAAACAAAAAUUUGUACCUGCCCACUCUUUUAGUCUUUGUUGUCCUCAUACAACUUGAAAAAUUGUUAUCAAUUUAUCACCCGUGAUUUUGAAACGGUGAAAAUUUAUAUCCCCCAUUGUGUCGUUGGUUUGAUUUGCAUUUUCGAAUAUCGGUUCAACUAACGACGCGUCGUUUAAAUUAAAAUCGAGAGGGAAAAAUUAAACAUUUUUUGAAGCGGGACAUGAUGUUAGUCUAUAGCAGGAAUUUUUAAAAGAUGAUGUUUAGGUCAGAAAUUCUCUUUUUCCCGUCCCCCUUGACGACCAUUUAAGUUAAAAUAAUAAUACUUGAACAAUUGAAUUUUAUAUGUUGUAUAAUGUAUAAUACCGUAUUUUAACGCAAUUUUGAAAUAAAAAAUGUUGAAAUGAAA